AUUCCACAUGGGAGUUAAGCUGUUGGGCCCUGAAGUUUUAUUGAGUCAAGACAAUUCCACAGCUUCGCUCCUUCACUCUCCCACUUGGGACUAAUGCACAAGCAUGAACACCUCCUGAGGAAACCACAGGGACUUCAACCAGAUACAACGGCGGGGAAGAAGAGAUUUGUUCUACAGUCAUCAGGUCAGUCAUUCCUAACUUCAGUCACCUUGUGUCUGCUGCAAUGAAGACCGCUCACUCUCCACUUCUCCUGCUACUCUUCGUGCUUCUGACACAGCAAACAGCAGAGACGCAGCUGGGCUCACAAGUUAACUAUGAGUAUGCAACAGACAAUUCUGAAGAAACCAAAUUUAGCCGGGAUUAUGAAGAUAAAUACCUAGAUGGGAAAAGUAUUAAGGAAAAAGAAACUAUGAUAACUCCUGAUGAGAACAGUCUUCAGUUACAAAAAGAUGAAGUUAUACCAUCAUUACCCACCAAGAAAGAAAUUGAUGAAAUGCCCACAUGCCUGUUGUGUGUGUGCUUAAGUGGCUCUGUCUACUGUGAAGAAGUUGACAUUGAUGCUGUACCACCAUUGCCAAAGGAAUCCGCUUAUCUUUAUGCACGAUUCAACAAAAUUAAAAAGCUGACUGCCAAGGAUUUUGCAGACAUGCCUAACCUAAGAAGACUUGAUUUUACGGGAAAUUUGAUAGAAGACAUAGAAGAUAGUACUUUUUCAAAACUUUCUCUAUUAGAAGAACUUACACUUGCUGAAAACCAACUACUAAGACUUCCAGUUCUUCCUCCAAAACUUACUUUACUUAAUGCCAAAUACAACAAAAUCAAGAGUAAAGGAAUUAAAGCAAACACAUUCAAAAAACUGAAUAAACUCUCCUUUCUUUAUUUGGACCAUAACGAUCUGGAAUCUGUGCCUCCUAAUUUACCAGAAAGUCUACGUGUAAUUCACCUUCAGUUUAACAGCAUAUCUUCGGUUACAGAUGAUACAUUCUGCAAGGCUAAUGACACUCAUUACAUUCGGGAGCGAAUUGAAGAGAUUCGCCUGGAAGGCAAUCCAAUUGCUCUGGGAAAGCAUCCAAAUAGUUUUAUCUGCUUAAAAAGAUUACCUAUAGGGUCAUACUUUUAACCACCAGCAAUGCAGUUUAUAAUCUAAGGUACAUGUACCUAAUGUCUAAACAUUAGUUUAACAUUAUCAUUUUAUCUCACUAUGAUAGAAUUUUAUGUUUAAAUUCAGGUGUCCAAAAUUCUUAUAUGUAAUUACAAAAAUAAUCCAGCCUGAAUCUAAUAGUUCAAAACAAACUAAUGUGAAACUAAACAGCA